AUGAAUAUAUUGAAUAAGAAUGAUUUCAAUAUACUUGAUUUACCCGAUGAAAUUUUACUCGUCACUUUAAAUAAACUCAAUACAACUGAUGUAUUUCAUUCACUUGUUGAUGUUAAUCAACAAUUUGAUCGAUUAGCACUUCAUUAUCUUUGUGUUCGUAAUAUUGAUAUGACUGAUACAAUGACCAUUACUUCACUGUAUGAUCAAACAUCUUCAAUAAAUACUAAAAUUCUUUCAAAAAUUUCUGAAAAAGUUUUACCUCGUAUUCAUCAUCAAGUAUAUAAACUGACUAUUGAACAAUAUUCAAUGCAACGCAUUAUUCUUGCUGCCAAUUAUCCUCAACUUUAUUGUUUAUCACUUAUUAAUUUUCAAAAAGAAAUACUUUAUCAAUAUUUAACGGCAUCAACAAGUCAUAUGUCUUCAACUUUAAUCAAAUUAAAAAUCAAUGUUGCAAGUUUCGUUGAUUGUCUUUAUCUUCUUGAUGGUCGUCUCGAUUCUUUAUCAACAUUAGUUAUUAAUGUUGGACAGAUAUUGGAUCCAAUAUUAGAUGUAGGUUCAAGAGAAAAAGCUUCCCAAGUUGAAAUAUUUCUCAUUAACUGCGGUUAG